UACAGACCAGCCAGGAGCUAAGCUAGCUAGCUAGCCUUAUAAGAAACAACAUUCUUUCAUCGGUUGUUUUUCUGGGGGUUGAUAUCGUUCAUUUGUCAUUCAUAACGCUAUUUACAAUAGUUAGGUAAGCAACACAAGUGAAGAACAGACGGGAAUUUUACUUGACUGACCAGACCAGCCAAAAACGGCAGAAACUAGCUGGUCAGCUAGCUUAGCUAGCUAACGUUACCUGUAACGCUAAGACAUUGCAGCCAUUUGUCUUGUGUGACCUGACGAUAAUUCCGCUGACAUCCAAAGACUCCCAGCAUGCUGAUGGUGGGAGGCGAUGGACGGCUGCACUAGAAUGAGUGUGAAGGAGCUGUGUGAGACUGAUGACCUGGCUACCCGUCUGGUGCUGGACCCCUUAUUGGGGUUUAGCACCCACAAGAUGAACAUCAGUCCGCCUCCAGAGAUCCGUCGUUGGGGUAACCUCAAAGAGACUUUGUUACGAUUCCAGCGUACACAUGACUUCCAGGCAACAUUUGAAGCACUGACGGUUGGGGAACUGGCGGGUGACUACUUCACUGAGCUGGGAACCCAUCGGCAGGAACUGCUGAGACAACAUGUGUAUCGUUACCUCAGUGCCUUCCUAUUGGACAGUGGAGUCAAAAUAGAGUCUUGUGACAGAUACUCCUCAGAGACCAACGGAGCAAAGAUAACUUCAACAAGGCACUGGUUUGUGGGUGAGCGCGUGGAGGUUCUGUUGGGCUGUGUAGCGGAGCUGAGCCCUGCCGACAGCGCCGUUCUUCGGGCCGGAGUUAAUGACUUCAGUGUUAUGUACUCCACACGCAGGCGGUGUGCACAGCUCUGGUUGGGACCUGCAGCUUUCAUUAACCAUGACUGCAGACCAAAUUGCAAGUUUGUCCCUGGUGAGAAGAAUGGUGCUUGUGUUGAGGUGAUCCGACCUAUCUCACCUGGGGAGGAGAUCACGUGUUACUAUGGUGCCAGUUUUUUUGGUGAAGGCAAUGAAAUGUGUGAAUGCUGCACCUGUGAAAGGAUUGGAGAAGGUCACUUCAAACACAGAGGGAAGCAGCCGGAUUGUGAAGAAACAAAGGACUCUCUGGGGCAGAAGUACCGUCUGAGAGAGCGAUAUCUUCGUCAAAACAGAGAGAAGGUUCACUGUCCUACAAGACCCACACUUCCAGGAACACACUCAGCCAUCCCCUCAAGGAAUUCCUUUACCCAGCAGAUGAAGAGAAAUGCCUUGAUGAGCAGAAAAUUGACCAAGACAAAGAAGUGGAGAUUAGAGAAACACAGAUCGGGAAAGAAUCAAUUUAAACCCUCCUCAGUUACGCAGUGCCUGGGAGUUGCAGAUUUAUCACAAGUGAAACUAAGAGACCUCAGAAUCCGAGUACGGCGCCACACUUUGGAUUUUCUAUUAAAUUGUAAGAACCCAAGAAGCAAAGAACGGGCCUUACUCCAACUGCUGGAAGAAGUGAAGCCCAAAGAAAAACAGCUGAAUGUAUUAUGCUCAACAAGUGAAAAAGUUGGUGAUCAGAAUCAGAAUCAGAAUACUUUAUUCAUCCCCGAGGGGAAAUUGGAUGAAGGGGAUAACAGCAAUGCGAAAUCUAUUGGUGUGGUAAACUUGAAGGCUGUCACUCUAAACUCUCCUGUGUCCCCACUUGAGAAAAGUAAAUCAGCGGUUAGCAGUGCAAGCCUUGGUGAGAAGUCUCCCAAAGUGUUGGACACAGAGAUCGCCUGCAGAAAGAUGUUUUCAAGAACAAGGAGAACAGAAGCAAUGUAUCCUACAGUAGGACCGACACUGAAGGCACUAGGCAUAAAAGUCGCAGGGGUCAAAAUCUAG